UCCACCUCGCUCGCCGAGCCGUGACCGCCCUAGGACUUUGAAUAUGUCGGGGAUCGCCCUCAGCAGACUUGCCCAGGAGAGGAAAGCUUGGCGAAAAGACCACCCAUUUGGUUUUGUGGCUGUCCCAACAAAAAAUCCCGACGGCACGAUGAACCUCAUGAACUGGGAGUGCGCCAUUCCAGGAAAGAAAGGGACCCCUUGGGAAGGAGGCUUGUUUAAACUGCGGAUGCUCUUCAAAGACGACUAUCCAUCCUCACCUCCGAAAUGCAAAUUUGAACCACCGUUGCUUCAUCCGUACGUGUAUCCUUCUGGCACUGUAAGCCUGUCCAUCCUCGAGGAAGACAAGGACUGGAGGCCAGCCAUCACGAUUAAGCAGAUCUUAUUAGGAAUACAGGAACUUCUAAAUGAACCAAAUAUCCAAGAUCCAGCUCAAGCGGAGGCCUACACAUUUUACUGCCAAAACAGAGUAGAAUAUGAGAAAAGGGUUCGAGCACAAGCCAAGAAGUUUGCACCCUCAUAAGCAGCGACCUGCGGCAACAUCAAAAGGAAGGGAUUCGUUUGGCAAGAACUUGUUUGGAACAUUUGCAGAUCUAGCAUUGCUCUAUACAAUUACUAGUCACCUAGGGGAGGCAGGCGGGCGCCAUUUUCCAUUUCCGCCACUGGUACACAGUUCUCCACUUGCUGAAUUGCCCAGUUUUUCAUACAGUGUGUCUUCCUUCAGUCUUUUGUAUUUUUGAUUGUUAUGUAAAACUUGCUUUUAUUUUAAUAUUGAUGUCAGUAUUUCAACUGCAGUAAAAUUAAAAACUUUUAUACUUCUACGAGUCCCUGAGGAGCUAGUUCCUUUUGCUCGUGGCUGCAGGUAUGCUUCUCACUGUCAGAGCUACACAGAGCCUCCAGCUGGCUGUAUGAAAAAGAAAUUGGCCUGUCCCCUGCCCUCGCGCCUCUGUCCUUCUCUUUGCAGAACCUGGGUUGUUUUGCUAUGAGCCUCAGAUCCAAAGUCAGCCAGUCUCUUGUUUCCGCACCACUUCCUUUGUGUUUAUAUGGCGUUUUGUCUGUGUUGCUGUUUAGAGUAAAUAAACUGUUUAUAUAAAGAAAAAAAAAGUAAAAUAAAAGGAUUGCCAACUCUUGUGAAGUGCCAGCUCCUAGUGAUGGCCUUUAGACUUUGGAAGGCUGUGAGGUAUGUUUAUGGAAAUAGAAGUUGAUGUCAGGAUGUAAAAGUAUUGAAAAACUAAAGAAAAAUUCAAAGCUGUAGAAGUGUAGAAAGGGAACCAAAGGGUCCGGAUGAUGGUCUGGUAGACAGGCAAAGAAGGGGCUAAGAAGGAACAGAGAUCUUCAAUGUGCAGGGUUCAAGAGAGUGGGACUUUUGCCCUGCCUGGUGUGGCUCAGUGGACUGAGUGCUGGCCUCUUCAGUUCCCAGUCAGGGCACAGCCUGGGUUGCGGGCCAAGUCUCCAGUAGGGGGCAUGCGAGAGGCA